AUGUUGAGACUUACUACUAAAUCUACAACAAAGAAUUUAUUAACCUCCAGUAAGGUUAUCACAAGAAACUUAUCCAUCCAUGAGUACCGUUCAGCCCAAUUGUUAAAUGAGUACAAAGUCGGUACCCCAAAAGGUUACCCAGCUCACAAUGCAAGAGAAGCCUCCGAAGCUGUCAGUAGAUUGUUCAAGGAACAUCCUCAAACUGCUAAGGAUGGUGUAGUUGUCAAGGCUCAAGCUUUGACUGGUGGUAGAGGUAAAGGUCACUUUGACACUGGUUUGAAGAGUGGUGUCCACUUCGUAUCUACUGCUAAAGAAGCUGAAUCUUUAGCUUCUCAAAUGAUUAACCAUAAAUUAAUCACCAAACAAACUGGGGAAAAAGGUAAAAAAGUCAGUGCUGUUUUUGUUGUUGAAAAAGUUAAGGCUUUACAUGAAGCUUAUUUGAGUAUUUUAAUGGAUAGAACUUCCAAGAAACCAUUAAUUAUUUGUUGUAGUGAAGGUGGUAUGAACAUUGAAGAAGUUGCCAAACAAAAACCAGACGCCAUCAAGAAGUUCUACUUAGACCCUAUUAAGGGGUUGACUGAUGAUGUUGCUUUAAACAUUGCCAAGUCCUUAGGCUUUGAUUCCAAAGUUUACAAGGAAGCUGCUGAAAAUGUCCAAAAGUUAUACAAGAUCUUUACUGAAAGAGAUGCUACACAAAUCGAAAUCAACCCAUUCUCCCAAGUCGAGGAAGUUGAUGGCCACCAAGUCAUGUGUAUGGAUGCCAAGUUUGGAUUUGAUGAUAACGCAGCCUACAGACAACAAGAAAUUUACUCCUGGAGAGAUAUUUCUCAAGAAGAUCCAGAUGAAGUCAUUGCUAAGGAGAAUGACUUAAAUUUCGUUAAGUUAAAGGGUAAUAUUGGUUUAUUAGUCAAUGGUGCUGGUUUGGCUAUGGCAACAAUGGAUGUUAUCCACUUGUAUGGUGGUAGCCCAGCCAAUUUCUUAGAUUGUGGUGGUGGUGCUACUCCAAAAACAAUUGAAACCGCUUUUAGAUUGAUUUUGACUAACCCUGACGUCAAGGCCAUUUUCGUCAAUAUCUUUGGUGGUAUUGUUAGAUGUGAUUAUGUUGCUGCUGGGUUGGUUGCUGCCUCCAAGAGCUUGGAUGUUAAAAUCCCUAUUGUUGCUAGAUUGCAAGGUACUAAGUUGGCUGAAGGUCAAAAAAUUAUUAAAGAAAGUGGUUUGAAGAUCUACUCCUAUAGUGAUUUGGAUCCAGCUGCCAAGAAGGUUGUUGAAUUUGUCAAAUGA